CAAAUAAAAAAAAAUGGAGGAUGCACAUGUUGACAAAGGGCCUCCUGCCCAAGAAGAUUCCAAUGUUAACGAUCAAGAAUACUACACAAGAGCGCAUAGUGUUUAUAACAUUAACAAGAACUUUGUCUUUGAGAUUGGUAUGAAAUUUCAUUCUGAAAAGGAAGCAUACAAUGCCUAUAAUUCAUAUGCCGUGGCAAAAGGUUUUGGUAUCCGAAAAGGAGCAAAGACUUAUGACAGAAAUAAGGAGAUCACAAGGUGUUUAUUUCUUUGUUCUUGUGAAGGAAAAUCUGAUAACCUCUCCCCUUUUCAAGAAAGGAAGCGACAAAGAUUACAAUAUAGAUGUGGUUGUUUGGCUCGUAUAAAAUUCAAAAUUUCAAAUGAGAUAUGGGAAGUAUGUGAGUUCAGUGAUGUGCAUAACCAUCCCAUGAUGCAAGAUAAUUUGAGACAUUUCAUACAAUCUGGUCGCAAGCUUACAAGUGCUACUAAAAACAUUCUUGAUUCUAUGGUUGAUGCUGGAAUUCGUACAAAAAAAAGUUGUUCGAUUUCUUCAGAAUGAAGCAGGUGGUAUCGAAAAUGUAGGAUUUAUUGAACAAGAUGCACAUAACUUCAUACAAGCACAUAAGAGAAACAUGAUUAGUAGUGGGGAUGCUCAAACUUUGAUAAAUCAUUUCAUGCAUUUACAAUCAGAGGACUCUAACUUCUUCUAC